GCGAAUGACAGCCACAUAGAACUCGUUUUAUUAGAAAGAUACAUUCAAACACACUCCAAUUGCCAGCGACACUAGCGCACUCAGAUAGACUCAAGAGAAAGUAAUUGGAAACUUCUAACCGCUGUCUGAGUUGUUGCCCCCGAUCACUAUAAACGAAUUUAAACGAGGUUUUGCUUGACAAUUCGCGCCAUUUCUGUACCAAAUGACAAAUUAAUAAUUAACCGAGCUGAUAAUUAAAUAGAGAAAGUACUCAGGCUCGUGCAAUGAUUCGAUCAUUGGCGCCUAGUCAGCGUGGGAAACGUCCUUUACUCUUAGAUAUAUCCAACACCACAGAGUUAACCCAGUCGGAAAAUUUUACACAACAAUUAAAGAAGAGAUCUUCAAAACAUAUUAAAGAUGUGCAGAUACCAGAACGUAAAGCUGUUCUUCUUUCUGAUAAUGGUGUUCGUGCGGCUCAAGAGAUGAUAUCAGAACAUGAAGAAAGAGUGAGAAAGCUACUCAACAAACCAUUUAAAAUACCAGUACCUGGCUAUGAGUUAUCCAGAAGAUAUCUUGGAGCAUAUUUCUCAGGACCACGUAGGCCACUACAUGAUCCAAAUGAAGCCAAUGCAUUGAUUGUCUACUCGCCACCAGAGAUGUCUGAACAUGAGAGAUUAAAAGCAGAUCUGUGCAAGCAACUUGUACAUGUAGUUAUAGAUCCCUUAUUGUGCAAUGUAUUAAGGCCACAUCAACGUGAAGGUGUAAAAUUUAUGUAUGAAUGUGUAACAGGUAAACGUAUAGAAGAUGCAUAUGGUUGUAUCAUGGCAGACGAAAUGGGUCUUGGCAAAACACUGCAAUGUAUAACUCUGUUGUGGACAUUGUUGAAGCAAGGGCCGGAAGCGAAACCUCUGAUAGACAAAGCGAUUAUCGUCGCACCCAGUUCCUUGGUGAAGAAUUGGUACAACGAAAUCUACAAAUGGCUGAACAACCGCGUGAGUGCUCUCGCUAUCGACGGCGGAAAGAAGAAAGACAUCGACACGAAGCUCAUCAGCUUCAUGAAAACUUACAACGGGAGGUGCGUAUAUCCCAUUCUCAUUAUCAGUUACGAGACCUUUCGCCUACACGCGCACGUGUUGCAUCAAAACGAGGUUGGUCUCGUGUUGUGCGACGAGGGGCAUCGUUUGAAAAAUUCCGAGAAUCAAACGUAUCAAUCGCUGAUGGGUCUCAAGGCCAAGAGGAGAGUCUUGCUCAGCGGAACUCCUAUACAAAAUGAUCUGCUGGAGUAUUUCUCUCUCGUGCACUUUGUCAAUCAAGGAUUGUUGGGGACUGCGCAGGAAUUCCGCAGAAAAUUCGAGACGCCCAUAUUACGUGGUCAAGAUGCAGAAGCGACGGACGAGGAGCGCAAGCUCGCCGAGGAGCGUUUGUCCGACUUGGUGUCUGUCGUCAACAAGUGCCUCAUCAGACGCACCAGCGCCUUACUUUCGAAAUACUUGCCGUUGAAACACGAGCUUGUCGUAUGCAUCAAGAUGGGAGAGCUGCAAACGCGUCUCUACAAGAGCUUCAUACAUAGCGACAGUAUAAAGAAAUCUAUGGAAGACAGUGACAACUCAAAAAAAGGAGGAAGCCUGUCAGCUCUUGCCGCCAUAACUCUCCUGAAGAAACUGUGCAAUCACCCUGACCUGAUAUACGACAAAAUCAAGGAAAGAUCGGACGGCUUUGAAAACGCCGCGAGAUUGUUGCCGGCGAAUUACUCGACCAAGGAACUUCUACCCGAUUUAUCGGGCAAAUUGAUGGUCCUCGAUUGCCUGCUAGCAUCUAUUAAAACCACGACGAAUGACAAAAUAGUACUGGUAUCCAACUACACGCAAACACUGGACUUGUUUGAGAAACUUUGUCACAAACGUGGCUACAACUACGUGAGGCUGGACGGCACGAUGACGAUCAAAAAGAGGUCGAAGGUGGUCGACAAUUUUAACAGCGAAAGCAGUAGCGACUUCAUCUUCAUGCUCAGCUCGAAAGCCGGCGGAUGCGGCCUGAAUCUCAUCGGCGCGAAUCGUCUCGUCAUGUUCGAUCCGGAUUGGAAUCCAGCGAACGACGAUCAAGCGAUGGCCAGGGUUUGGCGAGACGGUCAGAAGAAACCCUGCUUCGUGUAUCGCUUCCUUUCCACUGGAACGAUAGAAGAGAAGAUUUUUCAGAGACAAGCUCACAAGAAAGCGUUGAGCUCCACGGUGGUGGAUCAAGAGGACGAUGUGGCGAGGCAUUUUACCCAAACCGAUCUCCGCGACUUGUUCAAAUUGGAAGAGAACACGGUCUCGGACACACAUGCCAAGUUCAAGUGCAAACGUUGCAUCAAUGGCAUCGAAACGAAAGGUCCGUCGGAGCAGUCGGACUGCAAUUCUGAUCUGUCUGAAUGGCGACACUCGCACAAUCCACGAUACUUACCUGACAUACCAUUGCGACAGUGUUGGUCCAGCGGUAUUUCCUUCGUGUUUCAUCAUCGUUCGCGCGAGCAAGUAAACUAACUGUGAUUCCGCCCGACAAUCCGUAAUCUUCAAUUCAAAUGCCACCGGAAAUAGUUUAUGUAUAAGUGUGUUUCAUAUAUUUCUUUAAAUUAUUUUUGUAUUUUAUUUUCUUCAAGUUAUCUCGAGUAUUUACACGGCAAAAGAAAAACGAACAAGUAUAUGUAAGA